AUGUUAAAACUGGGUCCGUUAGCAAGAUCUGUAAAGUGGACUCUCUCUGUGGGGGUAAUCGGCUCUGUUUUCUAUCUUUACCGAUUCAGUAACAAUGGCUACUUCUAUGAUCACGAUGCUACAUGGUUAAAACAAGAUCAUCAGGUACAAUACCUGAUGGAUAGAAAAGAAGUGGUACCUGGGGGGGCCAAGCGCAAACAAGUUGUGAUGGAUAAUGGCACUGCAUGGACCAGAACCAUGGGGGAGAGCAUGAAAGACAUUUGGAACGAGCAAAUAAGAAACUCUGUCGAUUGGAUCUAUUCCUGGGGUAAGACCUAA